AUCGCAUAUUCGUAAGUUAAAAAAACUAGCAGUCAGACACCAUUUUGUUUUUUGAAUGAACAUCACCCAAUGUCCAGCAUGCGUUUACCGAUGAGACUAGCGAGGCGGACAAUGGCUCUCACGGUACGUGUUCUGCUGGGUAUCGUUGCUAUCGCCGGUAUAACCACCAUAAUUUUACAGAUGUAUUUAUUGAAUGAGAAAUACGUAACAGAGCUGUCAGUAAAAAAUCUACAGAUUCAAGGGUCGUUUGACAGCGCGACAGACGAACGGAAUUAUCCGGACAAUAACGUAAACAUUAAUGCUGUACCAGCGGAUUUCCAAUGGAAAACUGAAACUACGAUAAAAGUACCAGAAGUGAGAAAGUGGUUACACGAAUUCGAGGAAGAAACGAGGACAGACGAUUACGAGGAUUAUAAGUUAGCCAACAUGACAACGCCCCCAGACGACCAAAUAAAUGCAUGGUUCGCUGCGACUGGUACCACAAAGGACCCAGCUUUAGAUGAAUCAAUUACACUUCCUACCAUUAAACCAAGCCAAUCACGUGACUCAGAUGGUGACGUCACGGAAAAGGAUUAUGCUCGUUCUGCGACUCAGGAUAGACAAGGAUUAAUGGCGAUGAUUGAGAACAUGGCAUUGGAAGAGAAACAAAUAGACGAUGAUCAUGAAGAUGACAAUGUAGAUGAUACCAAGGAUUCUGUUCCAGCCACCGAGCCACCAGACACAGACAAUGACUACUCACAUGAUGAAGAGAUUCUGACAUCACCAAUGCCAGUGAGCUCUAAACACGUGACACAGAAGCAAUUUUCUGAAAUGCACGUGACAUUUGGCGCAACCGAACCACCAGCAGAAGUAGAUGACACCGUCGAUGAAUCUAAUACAGAGAAGGAGACGUCAGUUAGUGACUGGGCAGACGAAUCCCAACAGCCAAUACUUUCUUCAUCCAAUUCUGAGUCGGACGAUUCGACUGCUGAGUUGUACGAGUGGUCUGACGGAUCAGAAACAAAUAUAGCACCGAUGGUGGCACCCAACGAAGAUGCACAGUCUCGACCAGAUUAUAUUUUACCAGUUUUCCGUGGAAUCGGUCAAGGUCCUAAUAACCAGUAUCUUGCGUUCAAAGCUAUUGUAUUGUAUGCUUUAAUUCACAAAAAGACAAUUGUGCUGCCGCCAUUUUUCAAUCACCAUCGUAUCACGGAGGAUGACGUCAGAACUUUCAACGAGACAUUCAAUGUUAACUUACUCAAGAGUUUUGUGCCGAUUGCCAGUUUGGAACAAUUUAAAAAGGAUUGCAAUAGUCGCGUAGACGCUGUUCUUUAUACAAAGCCGUGCAUCAGUUCUAAAAACUGUUAUUUUGAUUCCCUUUACCGGACUAUGAUUCCGGUAUUUGAGAUUCUAGCUGGUGUACAGUUUCCAACGAAGGUAGAGUCACAUCGGCGACGGGUAAUGCCAAUCAUAAUGUUACCAGACAAACCACCCAUGUUUUCACAGAAUUCUAUUUCCGACUAUCUACUCGCAACCAAAGACGUAUUCAGAACUGAUACAAAAUGUACUGCCAUGUUCUACCCGUUUCCUUUUAUGAAAUUAAUGAUGAAUGCUCAUCAAAACAACAUCUUCGAAAUGGUGGAAAGUCACCUUUCUAGGGCUAUGUAUAUUCGUAAGAUGGCCGAUCUGGUUAUUCGCUCGGUUCUUCAAAAUAUGCGAUAUCUUGCAGUUCACUGGAGACUCAACUAUGAGUUCAAGAUAGUUUGGUGCGGAAGACGCCUGGAAUGCCGGUGGGGAUGUCAAUAUAUUUACAAGAGGAAUUCUAGCGAAGAAAUUGUGCGUACAUUUGAGGGGUUGAUGGAAGCGUUCAAUCUCAGUGCGAUCUAUUUUGCAGCACCUCAAAUGCAGAAUCACAAAAUAUGGGAUAAUAUAAAAGGAAGAAUACCUAAUGCUUUCAAUUCAACUGAUGUAAUAAACAAUUUAGCAAACUUGUAUGUACCGGAAAUGAAGAAACCCCUUAAAGAUGACAACUACAUCCUUUCUCUCAUUGAGCAGGAAAUUUGUUACAGGUCGUCAUUGUUUGUUGGAACAGCCAUUUCAUCUUGGACAUACAUGGUGGAACAAGACAGAUUGGGAAAAGGAACUGUCCUUAUGCCAGACAUUUUUGGUGAUCCAGUAAGUUAUGGAAAAUGUAGAUAA